ACAAAAUCUAUUUUUGCAAUAAUUUGUGGCAUUUCGUAAUGUGGUAAAUGUGCGACCUAGGGACUUAUUCAAAAUUUAUUCGAUAUGACUAAGAAGAAGCAAGUAAGAAAUAAAGGGCUACUACCCCAAUUAGAAAAAGAAGGCACCUUAGAUAAAGAAAUUGUUCUUUCUACUAGAGAAAAGCUCGGUGUUCCCGUAGGAUCCAGGCUGUUCUCACAUCAUACAUUAGCAAGCUACAGGAAACUAAGUUUCUAUCACCCAUUUGAUUUACCGCAAGAUAGUUUGGAUAUCAUUUUAUCAGCUACAUACAACCAUUCCAUUGAAAGUUUUCCUGAUAAAGUGGACGUUAAUUUACAACCAGAUACUGUCGGAUGUGAAACGUGGCGAAAAUUACGAAAUACUCUAGAUAAAACUCCUCCAGCUUCUAUACCAAUGGGCCACACAAUGAGACGUGGUGGCAUAACUGAACGUAGAUCUCCAUUCAGUGUGAAGUUAAUGAAUUCUGGGGUACAUUCAUCGCAAACUAAUCCUGGCUAUAGUCGACAACCAGCGGGUGGUGCAAUAUUCUUCUACUAGGAAAUCCUGUAAUCGGUCUACUAAUUUUUAAAAUAUUUUCUAUAGCUUUCCACAAUAAAACCACAUUUAUGCCUAAAGUA